AUGCCGCUGCUGGAGCAGGCAGCCCACGCCACGCCCGCAGCCGCCCGCCGCCUCAUCGACGACAUCGCCGCCUGCGGCCACAACUCGGCCGCCGAGAACAAUGCUCAGCUGGCGGCAGCUCACGCCCGCGCUGUCCUCUGCAGGCCGUGUCAGGCCGCAGUCGACGCCCAUCUGGCCCAGCUCGACAUGGCUCUUGUCGCCGCCCAUCUCGCUCGCAGCGCAGAGGCACCCGCCGCGGAGCGUUCGGCUCCGCCCCGCGUCGCCACCGCACACGCCGCCCGCUACCAGGCCGCCGUCCUCGUCUCGCUUGCCCUCGUCGUUACCACCGUCACCACCGUCGUCGCGUGGCUCAUUGUACCGGCCUGGCUUGACGCCGCCCGCCCUGAUCUGCAUCCGCACUCACUCGUUGCCGCCGCCGUCGCUACCAUCGUUCUUCGCGCUGCAGGUUUGCCGCCGCUGGUCACCACCGCUCCCGCCAACCGUGUUGUCUGCCUCGCCCUCAUUGGCAUCGGCGCCGCUCUUCCGGCCGACGCCGACUCCCCCUUGUUGCCGCACCGGAUGCUCCUCGCCCUCGCUGCCGCCAUCGCCCUCGCCCUCGCCGAGCUGCAUCUCCUCGCCUGGUUCGCCUCCUUUACCAUCGUCUCGUCCUCGGCACUGAGCUGGGCCGGCGAGGCGCAGGCCGACGCCACCGCCUUUGCCUCGGCCGCUGCCGCAGAUGCAGACGCCGCUGCUGCCGCUGCCGCUGCCGCCAAUGUCGAGGCCAGCAAGGCGCAGGCGGAUACUCUGCCGCGCCCGCCCCUCCCCGUUGCCCGCCUCGCCAUCGGUCACCUCGCCGUCUUUGCUGUCGCCCUCGGCGAGACCUGGCUGCUCGGCGAUCACACCCCGACGCGACUUCUCAAAGCAGCGCGGCUCUCGCUGCUCGGCGCUGUCGCCGCUUAUGCCGGCCUGGAGCGGCUGCUCCUCCCGCCGCGCUGGCGGCUGCUCGCCCUGCCACGAGCCUACGUCCUUGUCGUCACUCUCCUCGCCGCCCAUCGCCACGGCAUUGUCGACGAGCUCGCCGCCGGCCUUCUCCCGCUCUGGAUCCGCGUCGUCAUGCUCGUCACCGCCUACGUUGGCUCGGCCCGGAUCGCUGAGGCCACGGCCGAGAGCUAG